AUGAACGGACCACAGAUGUACUACCAGUCGCACCUGUCUGGCGGUCAAGCCCCUCCGCCGCCGCCUCCUCAGCCAGUUACUCCUCAUUAUGCCCCUCCUCCUCAGCAGCCUCCGCUCGCGCAGCCCGCGCCAAUUCAGUACGGGCCUGCGCCACCGCCUGGCUACGGCAGUCACUAUGGUUAUGCUAAUGGGCUCUCAUCCCCAGCCGGGCCUACGUCGACGAUGCCCCCGCCGAUGACCAGCCCACUCCCCCUCCCCCCUGUCAGCCAGCCGGCUCUUCCUCCAACCUAUUCCCCUGGUUUCGACACUACCGGCCAGAUUCCCCCCCCUGGCAUGAAGCCUCGUGUUACUGCUACGCUGUGGGAAGAUGAGGGCAGUCUGUGCUUCCAGGUCGAGGCUCGCGGUAUUUGCGUCGCGCGCAGAGAGGAUAACCACAUGAUCAAUGGAACCAAGCUCCUGAACGUCGCUGGUAUGACCCGUGGGCGUCGCGAUGGCAUUCUGAAGAGCGAGAAGAUCCGCCAUGUCGUCAAGAUUGGUCCUAUGCACCUCAAGGGUGUCUGGAUUCCUUUCGAGCGCGCCCUUGAUUUUGCGAACAAGGAGAAAAUCACAGAGCUUUUGUAUCCUCUCUUCGUGCACAACAUUGGUGCCCUCCUUUGCCAUCCCUCGAACUCUGCUCGUACUUCUCAAGUCAUGGCGGCUGCCGCCCGCUCGAGGGCUGAGCCUCGCAUUCCUGCUCCCCUCCCUCCACUUCACCAUCCUCUGGCUCUUCCUGCUCCUCCGCAGGCACCUCCGCCUGUCUCUCAGCCUCCUCCGGUGACCAGCCGCCCCGGCGCUGUCGACCAGCGUACUCCCUCUUUCUCCGCUCCGUCGACCACUACUUCGGGCGUCAUUGGUACUGCGUCGGAUAACUAUCAGUGGAGCCAGCAAAACUUGAGCAAUGGCCAGCCUACCAGCCAGAUCACCACGGUCGACAGCAACGGCCGUUCAUUGCCCGGUACUCCCACUACGACACCUCCCGGCUCGACCAUGCCCAGCAUCCAGUCUAGCUAUCCUCCUGUUACUCAGUCGUACGACAGCUCGCGCUCUGUGUAUCCUGUUCCUUCUGCGCAAGCCUCAACUUAUCCUACUUCGACGUCCGCGCCGGACCGGCCGCUGUACAGCCAUAGCAGCUACAUCAAGACUGAAAUUGCAGCGCCAUCCAGCCGACCAGCCGGCUCUGAGCCCAUCGACCAGAAGCCUCCCAAUGGCAUCCAAGGCGAGGUAGUUCAGAGCGGUGUGGUUGAAGAGCUCCCUUCUGAUCACGAGGAGGGUGGCGAGUAUACCCAUGAUAGCGGCGCCUAUGACACCAACAGAAGCUCGUAUAAUUACACGGCUCCCCCCGUCACCUCGUUGCCGGGAGAGCACUCACAUAUCUCCUCUGACCUCUCUGGCUCUCCUCAUCAAGGUUCCGGUCGGGCGACUCCUCGUUCGGCUGCUGCCCCGCAGACCUAUUACGGCCAGCAGAGCUACAACUCUCCUCCGCGCGCUGGUCAGACUUCGAGCAGCCUCUACAGCGUCAUGAGCAACGAACGGGGAGCUCCGACCACCAAUGGUACCUCUUCUGGCGACGCCUAUGGCACUCAGGGCGACGUCACGAGCUCCAUGCAGAACGGCUAUGCGCCGCAGUCCAUGCUCAACGGCUCUGCAGGAGUCAAGCGCGGUCGUGAUGAUGACGAUGAUCGUGACAUGAAGCGCCGCAAGACUUUUGACGGCAACCCGCUCCCGUCUCCUGCUUACAGCAAUCCCAUGACGCGGACGCAACCUCGGGCAAUUGCGGCGACUCAGCAGAGGAGAUAG